CACCGUGCGAUCGUCUGCGCUCGGUCUUAGCGCGCGAGUUCGAAUUUUUGAAAUCGGAACGCAAAUCCUUUGAAAAUAAAAAAAGUUUAUUAUCUGUGACAGUUUUGGCGGGAGUUUUUUUUCUGUGGAUUUUUUUUAUGAUGACGUGUGAUGUUUGUUUUUAAAUUGAUUUUGGAAUAACGUUUUGUGUGCACUGUGCAGUGAAUUUGCAGUUUAAUUUUUAAUUCGGAGAAAGGAGGUCAGGAGGAGCGCGAUGACGACGGACAGUGCGCUCAAUUCUCAACGGGUGUUCAAAAAAUCGUCGCCAAACAACAAGUUAACCCUCUACCUGGCGUCCAGAGACCUGAUAGUGGAGAACGGAGCCAUAGACAAAAUACAGGGUGUGCUGCACGUAGACCCCGAAGACCUGGUGAACAAGAAGCUCUAUGGACAAGUUACUUUGACAUUCAGGUAUGGCAGAGAAGAUGAAGAAGUCAUGGGCCUCAAGUUCUGCAACGAAGCCAUCAUGAGCCUGGCACAGAUAUGGCCUGUACACUGCAACCACGAAAGGGAACCCAACACACCCUUACAGGAUGCUCUAAUAAAGAGGUUAGGAGCCAACACAUUCCCGUUCCAUCUGGAGCUCACACCACUGGCGCCUCCCAGCGUGCAGCUGGUGCCAGCCAAGCAAUACCACGGCGCGCCCAUCGGGACGUCUUACGAUGUUCGGGCUUUCAUUGCAGAAAGAGCAGAUGAGAAGGUGUCUCGGCGUAACACAGUCAGGAUGGGCAUCCGGGUCCUGCAGGGCCCAGGUCGGCCGGCGGCGACGCUCCCUCUGACGCAUUCGCCACACCACACGCUAAGUGCGCUGGCGCACCACAACGUUCUCAGGCUCAAAAACAAAUCGAAAUUGGAAACUGAUGAGAAUUGUCGAACGAAAAGCGCUGAAAUUGAAAACGUCGAGCCGGCGCCUCCGAGGGCAGCAGUGGAAAAGCCCUUUCUGCUCUCCGAUGGAAGGGUGGAGUUGGAAGCGUGGCUGGACAAGGCGACGUACUCGCACGGGGAAUCGAUCGGCGUUAGCGUGGUGGUGGCCAACAACUCGUCCAAAACGGUGCGGCGCAUUAAGACACUAGUGGUCCAACACGUGGACGUGUGCAUGUUCUCCAACGGCAAGUUCAAGAAUGUGGUGGCGGUGGUCAAGUGCGGGGGAACCCCCGUGCUGCCUGGCCAGACCCUCACCGAUACUUACACACUCACGCCGCAUAGAGGAGUGACUAAAAACUGGAUUGCCUUAGAAGACUCCUACUCAAAAUCUGGCGCGAGUCUAGCUUCCACUGUUGUCUGCAACAACAGUCCCGAAGACCGCAACGUGUUCGCGAUCUACGUGUCUUACUACGUCAAAGUCAAACUGACACUCAGUGCUAUGGGCGGCGAAGUGUCUCUCAAACUGCCCUUCACGCUCACUCACUCCUGCAUCAACGAAGCGCCUACUGACAGCGUCAUCGAAGAGUCAACCCCAAAGAUGAUUUUAGAAGGAAAAGAAAACAGCGAAGAGGAAGACAGCAAAGGAGAGACAGAAAAAGACAAGCAAAACAACAACGGCGACAAAGAAACAGCAUUCGGUGACGAUGCAGAAGUCAAAUCGCCCGAAGACCAUAGAUGCGUGGCUGAUGUUCUGGUCAAUAUAGAAAACAAGAUGGAAAGGCCCAAAAAAUUCGAAGGCACCGAAGUGCGAGCCGCCAAGCCCAGUGAAGCUGAAUUGGACCUUAUCGUGAAGUAUCAAGGUUCAGAUACGUGAUCCGACGAGGAAGGGAACGUGGGAGAUGGCGGCCAAAAGACUGAUGUACCAAAGACGCCAGUUGUAGAGAUAGAUAAAACUGUGGUCCAAAGCCCCAAGAUUGGUUUUGCUGAGAAUUUAAAGAGAGCUGUUUGUUGUAUAGACAGAAGACGGCAGUCGUAGUUUUGUAUGAAACGUAAGUAGAUAUUUUAAAUAUUUAACAGUUUUGUAAUAAGCACGACGUAGGUAGAAUACGUUUUAUAGAUUUUUAUCACUAUUUUCACCAAGCAAUACCAGUAUUUAUUUAUAUUCCAAAUGCCCGAGGCUUUCGUACAGGUCCAAAUAAUAAAUAAAUCCAACUACAAAAUUCAGAUAUUUUUGAUAAUAUUACUGUAAUUCAAAUAACCUAAAUAAACAGUAGCUGCAAUAAAAAAUCUAGAUCAAAAACUAGCCACUCCAUUUAUUUUCAAUGUUUGAUCAAAUCACACUGAAUACAGUAAGCUUCUAUAUGAAUUAUGUGAGUUAGUAAACGAAGUCGAAGUCAGUAAUAGUUGCAUGAAAUUUUGAAACAAACUAGAAUAACAUUACUGUAAAAAUAUAUUUUCUUUCGUUUGUGAUUUUUAGGUCUUACUAGAAUCAUACUGGAUAUUGUUUUCAUACUAAACAAAAAGAUUCUCCGCGAGAAAAACACAAGUGGCUCUCGGCGCAUAAUGAGAAACCUUCAGUUUGUUUGAGGUUCAGGUUUGAAAAAAAAUUUUCAGUUAUUUUCUGCAAUGCUAAUGCUAUUAUUCAUUCAAAAUACUAACUUAUUAUUGUGAAAUGAAAUUAAAUGAUCUGUUAUUUUAACGAUGCUAAAAUUUUCAGUCUUAAUUUUUUUACAUUGGAAUAUUUUUGCCGCAAUGAAAUAAUAUGAUAAAUAUUACUUCGCCGUCAACCUGGCUACAAAAUCAGUGGUUACUACGAGUAUGUUACUGGUUCAAAUCUUGGAAGAGUCAAAAUUCGUAAAGUAUUAAAUAUUAACAGCAAUUUUAUAUAUGUGAAUGAUAAAUUGAUAACAUAUUAGACAAAAAAGAUUUUAUAUUAUAGUUAAAAUUAGCAAUCGUGAUAUGAAUUAUUGACGGUUCAGGUAUGUAAAGAAGUAUAAAUUUGGUAAAUUAUCUAGCGUUUUUAUCAAUAUCUUUGUACAUAAAUAUAAUUAUGUAAUUUAGUCAAUACAAAAUUGUCUGAAGAACGAAUUGCGACUAGUCAAGUAGUGUAAGUGAUUGCCACGUGUAAAAUUACUUUUGCAUUUACUAAGCAAUUGUAUUUGAUGAUACAAUUAGGCGAGUUUGGCAGUUGACACCAACAAUUUUAAAAACGAAUCAUUACCUUAUUCCAACUCCAAUACUUAUCAAUUAACAGAGGGCU